UUGCGUACAUGUCGAUGCGAGUUUAUACAAGUUAUCAGCGAAACAAGAAGCGAGCAGGAUUAAAUGCGUUAGAAGUUUACGAGAUCACGAGACAGUUAUAUGCCAAGGAAUCGGAAUCGUGAAUAAUACAAUCUUAAUCGUGAACAAUGGAGGAGAGCAUUACACAGUCGUACGAUUCGAGGCACUUGUUAGACGGUGAAUCCAUCGUCAUUUCUGAUAGCGAUGAGGAGGACAUCGUCAAAAGUUCUGCUACUGGGACACAUGACAAACGCGCGUUUGUCAUCGAUGAGAGCUGCAACGAGGAUGCCGAUGUUUCAACAAACUCGACUUUCGAAAAAAAUAAAUGUAUUGAUAGUGAUGAUUAUAAUACACCAGUUGCUUUCUUAACUAAACGCACAGCUCAGAGAAAAUUGAAAAUAACAGAUUCUGAUGGUAAUAUAAAUAAUGAGAAUGAAGAAUAUCAUAUAAGUAACAAUUUGUGUAAUUUUGAUUCAGAUGAAGAAAAUCUUGCAGACUCUCUUGUUUCAUAUUCACCAAUUGAAAACAAUAGUAGGAAAAGGAAGGAUGUUAGUCAUAAUAAUUCUAGGGAAAACAUAAAAGAAUUAAAACUUAAUUCUUCUAAUGAAUCUCUUAACUAUAUUUCACAUCAACAAGAUGACAAUAGAACAGAAAGUAGAAAUAGAAAAAGUAAGAGCAUUAGUCAUGAUAACAACUCACAAAUUGCCCAUGAAAUAUCAGAUCAUAAAAUUCAGGAAAUUGAAUCCUCUCAUGAUGCAGCUGUGACUAUUGUACUUGAUUCAGAUUCCAGUUCCGAAAGAAACAGUGAAUCUGAAGCAGCAUUAUCUUUUGCAAAACAAGAAAUUGGUGUUAGGAAUAUAGAUUCAUUAGUACAAAAAAGGACAAGUAUGGUUUGCAAAUUGGAACAACUUAAAGAUCAAUUAACUAAAACAAAAUUAUUGCUCACUGAAGAAAAUAUUGAAUUAUUACCUGAUAAAGGAGAGAGAUUGCGUGAAAGUAUACGUGAACAAGAAACAGAAAUUCAGGAGUUGAUGCUUGAAUUGGAAAAAACAUCUAUAGUACAAAAUUUAAAUAGCCAAGAAAAUAAAGUAUCAAAACAAUCGCAUUCAAUAAAAGGAAAACCAUUAUCCAUCAAAGAUGAAUCAGAUUCAUAUUCGGAUGAAUCAGAUUAUUCAUGUUCAGAUGACGACUCGGAUUCAUAUUGGGAUAUUAAUAACAUACCAUUCAAUCCAACUACAUUUCCUGAAUUAAAACGAUUGGGCGAAAGGGCACAAGCGACAAGAAAUAGAGAGCUCGCUUUAACAGUCGAACGAUUGCAAGAUUUGCAUGGAUCACUUGUCGCUCGUCCAUCAGAGAAGGAAAAGGCGGAGGAUCCAAGGGGAUUAAGAAUACCAUUAAUGCCACACCAAAAACAUGCUCUUGCAUGGCUUCUGUGGAGAGAACAACAAAGACCGCCUGGUGGUGUUUUAGCUGACGAUAUGGGCUUAGGUAAAACACUGACUAUGAUAUCUUUAAUUAUGACCACUCUUGCUCAAAAAGAUUCUAUAGAUGAAAGCGAUGAUGAUGAUAGCAAAUGGAUCAACGAUCGUAAAUCUUUAUAUCAUAAAGGUGGUACUCUAGUAGUAUGUCCUGCAUCUUUAUUACAUCAAUGGGAUAAUGAAGUGCGAAAUAGAUGCAAACAUGGUUUGUUGUCUGUUGAGAUAUAUCAUGGCAGCAAACGAGAGAGUAUUCCUAAACGUUUAUCAAAAAAUGAUAUUGUUAUAACAACAUACAAUAUAUUAAGUCGAGAACGUAAAACCCAAUCUACAUUAUAUAAGAUUCAUUGGGAAAGAGUGAUACUCGAUGAAGCUCAUAUAGUAAGAAAUCAUAAGAGUCAAGCAUCCUUAGCAGUUUGCGAACUUAAAGCAAAUAAACGGUGGGCCCUUACUGGCACACCUAUACAAAAUAAAGCAUUGGAUUUAUAUUCUAUUUUAAAAUUUCUCAAUUGUUCGCCAUUUAAUGAUUUACGCGUUUGGAAACGAUGGGUUGAUAAUAAGAAUGCUGCAGGCUACCAAAGAUUAGCGAUGGUUAUGAAGACCUUGAUGCUGAGAAGGACUAAACAAGAAUUAAUGAAAAAAGGCGAUGUAGAGGAUUUACCCGAUAAAUCUAUCGAGGAAAUGAUGGUGAAACUCGAUCCACAAGAACAACUCGUAUAUGAAAAAAUUUUAAUUUAUUCCCGUACUUUAUUCGCACAGUUCUUAGCUCAAAGAGCAGAGAAGGCACAUAUGUUUGAUUUGCAUGGUGGAAAAUAUGAUGUGCCUACCUAUCUUUUAAGUCCAACUAAAGAGACACAAUUUUCAAAAGCUCAAGACAAAUUACUGGCGAUGCAUGCCGAUGUAAAAACGCAUGAGAUUUUGGUGCUUUUACUAAGAUUGCGUCAGAUGUGUUGUCAUCCAGCAUUGAUUCAUGCGAUGUUGGAUCAGGAUGAUGUGAAACACAGUGGGAUAAUGAAUGCAGAAAAUGUGGAUCCUAAAUUAUUGUCACGAGUGAGUAACAUAUCGCUUAGUGGAAUCGAUAAGGAAGAAGAAGAUGUUGAUAUUGAUAAAAGAAUAGUUGGAAAUCUACUUACUAUUGAGAAUCCAGUAUUUGAUGAUGAUCGCAUUAGUUCUAAAAUGAGGAUCAUGCUUAAUAUGGUUGAAAAAAUUUUACAAAAUAGUGAGGAUAAACUCAUUAUCGUUUCUCAAUGGACUACUCUGUUAAAUGUUAUAGCAUCACACUUGCCUUCAAUAAAAGAUGCUACAUUUAGCAAAUUUACCGGAAAUGUCGCUAUCAAAGAUCGCCAAAAUGUAGUAAAUUCCUUUAACAGUCAAAAGUCCGGUCCGAGAAUUUUGCUACUCUCACUUACUGCUGGUGGUGUAGGAUUGAACUUGGUAGGUGGCAAUCAUUUAUUAUUAUUUGAUAUUCAUUGGAAUCCACAAUUGGAAACACAGGCACAAGAUAGAAUUUAUCGCUUUGGUCAGAAAAAAAACGUCUAUAUCUACAAAUUUAUUUGUGUUGAUACAAUAGAAGAACGUGUAAAAGCUUUACAAGAACAAAAACUCGAAAUAGCGAGAAAUGUACUAAGUGGCGACAGAAAUGAUACUGCUAUGAAGCUCACUCUCAAUGAUCUUAAAUCACUGUUCGGCUUUUAAUUUGUUAUCUUGUUUUGUUAUAUUG